UCAUCUACUAGAUCAAGAAAUUCUUUUUCUGCAAAUGACGAAAAUAAAAUAAAUUUGACAGCAGAUGAACAACAUUCAGAAGAUGUUUGCAAAACCACUAGAUAUGGUAGUUUCAGUUUCAGUAGUCCACCUCAGUAUAAUAGUAAUAUGGAAAUUCCAAAUGAUUCAGAGCAUAAAAUUUAUAUGGCUUGUGAAGACAUGAAUAAAAAUGAAAAUAAUUUUCAAAGUGGAAAAGUAUAUUUUGACAAUCUUGCACUUAGUAUUGAAGAAAACAAUGCAGACAUAAAAUUGUACUCUGCAGAAGCAAAAAACCAAAAGUUUAGUAAACGGCAUAGUACAGAAUCUGUGCAAAGUUGUAUUUCUAUUAAACGAAAUAUUUUUGAUGAAGAAGAAAUAAGUAAGAAAUAUGGUAAACCACAUAAACAGAGAGAAUCUGUAGUAAAACAGAUUGCCAAAUGUUGCAGAUGCAGUCCUAUUUCAUGUAUAUAUUCAUUAUUUCCUAUUUUAGUUUGGCUGCCUAAAUAUCCAUUUAAACAAUAUAUUUUCAGUGAUAUAAUUGCAGGAUUUACGCUUGCUGUCUUACAGAUUCCUCAAGGAAUGGCAUAUGGUUUGCUAGCAUCAGUAGAUGCUAUAAAUGGGCUUUAUGUUUCAUUCUUUCCAGUAUUAAUAUAUUGUUUAAUGGGUACCUCAAGGCAUAUAUCUAUUGGAACUUUUGCAAUUAUUAGUAUAAUGCUUAGUAAUACAGUGGCAAAAUUUGAAACAGUCGAUAGCAGACAAACUGCAAACUUAAUUAGAAAUAUAAGCAACAAUUCCAUAUCUGCAGAAGUUGCUGACAAUUCCUAUAUUCAGCACAGCAAUGAAUGGCCUCCUACAAAGUUAGAAGUUGUUGUAGCAGCAUCUGUUGUUGUGGGACUCUGGCAGAUUGCAAUGGGAGCUUUUAGAUUGGGAAUUCUAAAUGUCAUUCUAUCUGAUCAACUUAUUUCUGGAUUUACUACGGGUGCUGCUAUACACGUAUCAAUGUCCCAACUGAAAGAUUUAUUUGGAAUCAAAAUUGCUAGAUACAAUGGACCAUUACAACUAAUCAAGACAUUCAUCGAUAUAAUUAAAAAUCUGAAAUAUACAAACUUAACAACACUCCUGAUAUCAGCAAUUUCUCUUUUCUCGUUAGCAGUUGUAAAGGACCAUGUUAAUGAUAGAUUUAGAAGUAAAUUGAUCAUGCCUAUUCCUAUUGAUCUUAUAGUUUAUCACUUUUUACUUAUUAUGAAUAUUCAUACUAGUGCAUUGAAUAUAAAAGAUCACCAUAUUGUUAAUGCUGACAUCAGCAAUUUCAGAAUAUGCUGUAAAACUUGUAUUGUUACUUACAGUGAUAAUUUCAAAUACAGUAAUACAGUGGCAAAAUUUGAAACAGUCGAUAGCAGACAAACUGCAAACUUAAUUAGAAAUAUAAGCAACAAUUCCAUAUCUGCAGAAGUUGCUGACAAUUCCUAUAUUCAGCACAGCAAUGAAUGGCCUCCUACAAAGUUAGAAGUUGUUGUAGCAGCAUCUGUUGUUGUGGGACUCUGGCAGAUUGCAAUGGGAGCUUUUAGAUUGGGAAUUCUAAAUGUCAUUCUAUCUGAUCAACUUAUUUCUGGAUUUACUACGGGUGCUGCUAUACACGUAUCAAUGUCCCAACUGAAAGAUUUAUUUGGAAUCAAAAUUGCUAGAUACAAUGGACCAUUACAACUAAUCAAGACAUUCAUCGAUAUAAUUAAAAAUCUGAAAUAUACAAACUUAACAACACUCCUGAUAUCAGCAAUUUCUCUUUUCUCGUUAGCAGUUGUAAAGGACCAUGUUAAUGAUAGAUUUAGAAGUAAAUUGAUCAUGCCUAUUCCUAUUGAUCUUAUAGUUUAUCACUUUUUACUUAUUAUGAAUAUUCAUACUAGUGCAUUGAAUAUAAAAGAUCACCAUAUUGUUAAUGCUGACAUCAGCAAUNUAUUUAGAUUAUUUCCUUUUUUUCUCUGCAGACUUCCUGCUCCUGAAGUCCCAAGAAUAGAUUUAUUUCCAAAUUUAAUUGCAGAUAGUUUUUCUAUUGCUAUUGUUGUAUUUGCCAUCACUUUAUCAAUGGCCAAAUUGUUUGCAAAAAAACAUCAUUAUGAAAUUAAUCCUAACCAGGAAUUAAUAGCAUUAGGUUCAGCUAAUAUUUUCUCUUCAUUUUUUCUCUGUUAUCCAUGUGCAACAUCAUUAUCAAGAAGUUUGGUACAAGAAAGAGCUGGAGGAAAGACUCAACUUGCAAAUUUCAUAUCCUGUUUAUUGCUUUUAAUUGUAUUAUUAUUUUUGGCUCCUUACUUUUCUGCAUUGCCUAAAUGUAUUCUGUCAGCUGUCAUACUUGUUGCAUUAAAAGGAAUGUUCCUACAAAUGAAAGAUUUUUGGACCACGUGGAAAGUAUCCCGUCUAGAUGCAUUGUUCCAUCCGCAAAAUCGGAUUCACCGCAUAUUUUAUUUUGUGAUAUUUUUUGGAGCAACCACAUGGCCACAGAACAAAGGUCGAGUAACUUCCCGCACUUACGCUAGAAAAAAUACGACAACAGUCUCAAACAAUAAGACAUCUGAUGAUCAAGCAAUAACAUAUGUCAUUCUUGAUUGUUCAUCAAUUUCAUUUUUGGAUUUGAGUGCAAUAAAUACUCUCAUAGAGGUUAAAAAUGAAUUAACUGAAUCUAGAAUCAAUCUUAUUUUCUCAAGUUGUCCAGCAUUUAUGUACCAAAUGUUAGAAAAAGUAAAUUUCUUUGAAGUCAACAACAUUCCACAUUUUUUCCCAUCUGUUCAUGAUGCAGUAUUAUAUUGCCAAAAUAAUUUUAGCAUUCGUUUAUAAUUAAUUGUACAGAAAAAUUCUUCAAAUGAUCUCUCUCACAUAUUUUUUACGUAUAUUACAUUAAUUUAAAGUUUACAACUGGGAUCUGAUUUGCAGCUUAUAUUUUGUUUCAUGUAUUGCCUUUUAUGCAUUAUAAUGUAUUUUAAAGUAAAAAAAAAAA